AUGGCUGACGAGUCCCCAGCUGCUGCAGCAGCCUCCCAAGACGGAGCUUCUUCAGGAGAAAGUCCUCCGGCUCCCCCAGGGGCCUCCAGUGUGUCUUCAGGGGCCUCCCUGGGGGCCCCUGGAGCAUCUCCUCCUGCUGCUGCUGCUGCUGCAGCUGCUGCUGGAGAGUGCCUGACCAGCCCCGACGCGAGUGCGCCCAGCCCUCCAGCAGCCACAGCAGUAGCGCCUCCUGCUGCUGCUGCUGCUGCAGAGGGGGGCCCCACAGGGGGCCCCCUAGGGGGGCCCCCCGAGGGGCCCCCAGGGGCCCCCCCGCUGCAGCAGCAAGUCUUUGUGAGGCACAUGCAGGGGCGGCGAGGCACUCAAGAAGACCGGCAUGUUAUAAUAAAGGACUUGAGAGAUUUGCUGCCAGCAGAAAGGAAAGGGGAAGUGGACAAGUGGGGCUGCGGCUCGGCUUCCCUCGUGGCUCUCUUCGACGGCCACCGCGGCUGCGCCUGCUCGGACUUCUGCGUUUCCUUUUUGCCCGAGAGGCUGGCGGACCUGCUGACUCGCCAGCUGCCGCAGCAGCUGCAGCGCAGCAGCAGCAGCAGCAGUGACAAUGGUAGCGGCAGCAACAGCGGCGGCGGCAGCAGCAAGGAGCCUGCUGACGGGGCCGCGGCUGCUGCGUGGGCUGCGCCCGCAGCAGCAGCAGAAGAUGCAGCAGCAGCAGCAGCAGCAGCAGAGGCGGGCCGCGCGGACAAGGCUGCUGCUGCUGCGUCGCCUGCUGCAGCAGCCGACGAGGCAAAAGCCCCCACUGCAGCAGCAGCAGCAGCAGCAGCAGACCUGGCAAUGUGCCCCCUUUCUGCUGCUUCCUUCAGCUCAGUGGCGCCCGUUGGCCCCGUGGCCUCAGCGUGUGUGUGCCCGCGGCUGCAGCAGCUGCUGCAGCAGCAGCAGCGGCUGCUGCUGCUGCCGGAAGGGCUGCUGCUGCUGCUGCCCUCGCUGUACCAAAGAGUCCACUCUGCCUUCAAACAAACUGACAGAACUUUUAUUAAUAAAUUCAAAUCCAAAGCAGCAGCAGCAGGCUGCACUGCUGUGCUGCUGCUGACUCUGGGGAGGCUUGCUGCAGUGGCGUGGCUGGGCGACUCCCGCGCCGUCGCCGGCGUGCAGCAGCAGCAGCAGCAGCAGCAGCAGCAGCGGCGCUUUGCUGCAGUGCGUCUCACAGAAGACCACAAGCCAAAUCGAAAAGAAGAAAAAGAAAGAAUUGAGAAAGCUGGAGGACAUGUCUUGACUAUCAACGGGGUGGCCAGGGUGGCCCCCAAGGACUACGAGGAGAGAGUUAAGCGGCUGAAGCACGAGCAGUGCACUAUGGGCGGCUCAUCGCAGCAGCCUUCUACGCUGCUUGCGGUGUCUCGGUCUCUGGGCGACAAGGACUUGAAGUCGGAGGGGCUGGUCAGCAGCACCCCGGAGUUGGUGCUGCUGCUGCUGCAGCAGCAGCUGCGCUUCAUAGUGUUGGCCUGCGACGGCCUGUGGGAUGUCUUGACAGAUCAGGAAGUCGUCGACGCCGUCGGCGCGCAGCUGAACGACCCGGAGGCGGCGGCGAGCGACCUGGUGAAGCGUGCCUUCGAAAGGGGAAGUCAGGACAACCUAACGGCGAUUGUUGUUGUUUUCAACUGA